AGCAAUUUCCUAUCACCAAAAAUGAUGAUCUUUUUAAAGGGAUUGGGAUUUGGCAGUUUUGCAAGGCAGACAGUAUACACCUUGGAAAAAUAUCGGAAUUUAAGAGAUCUAAACCUUAUCAAACGUGCCAUGAGUGACAAAAAGCGUCCCGUGGUCUAUGUGACCCGGAUUGUGCCUCAAAAAGGUGUUGACCUACUUUCAGAAAAGUGUGAAGUGAGGCAGUGGAAAAGCAGUGACCCAGUUCCCAGGGAGGAGUUUCUAAAACAGGUUGCUGGGGUGGAUGCCUUCUUCUGUUUGCUGACAGAGAAGAUUGAUGCUGAGGUUUUGGAUGCGGCGGGUCCCAAUUUGAAGGCAAUUGGUUCCAUGGCUGUUGGGUUUGAUCAUGUUGACCUCGCAGAAUGCAAGAAGAGGAAUAUUCCUGUUGGCUUCACUCCGAACGUCUUGACGGAUGCAACUGCUGAGCUAACUGUGUCCAUACUGUUAGCGGCUUCAAGAAGAAUCGUUGAAGGAGCUCAUGAGGUCAAGUCUGGUGGGUGGGGGACAUGGGAUCCAUGCUGGUUGUUAGGACAAGGGCUACACAACAGCACUGUUGGUCUUAUUGGGACGGGUAGGAUAGGUCAGGCAGUCAUGAACCGACUUGUUCCAUUCCGUCCAAGACGUUUCCUCUUUUCUGACAAAUAUGAGAGCGAUGCUUGUCUCACCAUCGGUGAAUACGUCGAGAUGGAUACGUUACUCACAGAGGCUGACUUUGUCAUAAGUUGUACGAACCUUACUCCGGAAACUACACGCAUGUUCAAUAAGAACACUUUUGCCAAAAUGAAAUCCAACGCGAUUCUUGUCAACUCUAGUCGAGGUCCGGUUGUGGAUAUGAUGGACUUAUAUGAAGCGCUCAAGUCUGGUCAGAUUCGUGCUGCAGCACUGGAUGUGACAGUACCAGAGCCAUUGCCACCAUCCCAUCCCUUGCUCACGCUGAAAAAUUUAGUUGUAGUUCCUCAUAUAGGGAGUGCUACUGAAGAGGCAAGGACGGACAUGGCUACGUUGACGGCCAGGAACAUCCUUGCUGUACUUGAAGGAAAAGAAAUGCCAGCUCAGUUAACAUAAGAUUGACAGAGUUUGGGUUGGGAUGUACUAACAUGUAGAACAAAUAUCUUGGUUAGACUGGCAGCAAGCACUCUAGGCUGCAGGCCGGUGUUAUUGGUGCUUUGGGUCGGAGAAUAGUCAAUGAGUAUCACUAUCGCUAGUUUUUUUAGGACGGUCCCAGACAAGGUGGUGAUUGACAAAACUGCCCGAUUUGCUGACAACUUGCAGGUGUGCCUUACUGGUGACCAAUUGUAGUCAUACACUGAGUGAGAACUUGAUUAGAGAAUGGUGCAGGUGUCAUGGAAAUAGUGAUUGUUAAGAUAAGUUAUUGAUGUGCUAUUAACAGCACAAUGGGUGAUAUGAAUAAAGACCAGCAAAUGCUUUUGUCCAGAAAGGCCUAGUAUAAAUGUACAUGGAGUUUUAGAUAAAAGCAUUUACUGGUCUUUAUUCAUGUCACCCAAUGUGCUGGGUUGUUAAUGCUCAACUCUUGUUUAUGCAAUCAAGGUAAACAUUCAUAGAAUAAUGGAGGUAACCUUUGAUGAUGAAAUAAAUCACUUGUUUUCAAAAUUAAAA